CCUGUGUCUGCUGGUCCACCUGAGCUAGCACUAGCUAACGAGAUGAGAGGGGAUAAGGAUUGUGAGUCUCACUUAAACUCAUUUUGUGGGCCCGAGGAAGAGAUUAGCCCUCCUCCAGUAGCACUGAAUACAGCCAUUUGGCAACUAGCCCUGAGAAUGAACUCUAAACCUAAAUCUCACACAGAGAAACACUGAGGUCCAAAAGUACCUGGAGCUGUAUUCAUAAAGCUUUCUAGAGCAAAGAGUUGCUCCUAGUAAUGAAACUGUGAUGUUUUCUAAGAAUUUACCCUUAAAGUGAAAACUAGAUCCUGUUAAAGAUAAAAGUUAUUCUCAAAGCAUCUCAGCCCUUCAGAGAGCUCCUAAGGUGAAAAACUGUUAAGAGUAGGGAGGAGGACUUUUAAGAGGCUUAAGAGUUUCUGAAGCAGCAGAGGCAGGAGAAACAUUCGCCGAACGCCGAAUGACAGUGAUGAAGAGGAGCAGCAGGAGAAGCUCAUGGAGGCGGUGGCAUUUGAGGAAGAGGAGGAGUUGCUAGAGUGUUUCCGUUGUGACCUGGGCUUCUGGGAUGCCUGCUACACCACCGAAACCAACUGCAGCGUUGGGGAGCGCUGCUACACAGGCCGAGGGAAGGCAGCUGACGUUCUGGACGUUAAGACGUUGGGUUGUGUGAAAGCAGAGGAGUGUAAUGUGGAGACCACGGUGGAGCUGUUCCCUAACAAAACCGUCUUUGUCAUGACCAAACACUGCUGCGACACGUCCUUCUGCAACUCAGCACACAAACUUCCAGUCAAUGCAUUUUUGUACCUCACUGUGGCCGUUCUGACUUUGUGGCACCUCACUGAAGCCUCGACAUGAUCACAAUAACUAACCUGCUUUUAUUUAGUGAAUGCUGUCAAAACUAAUAUUUUUUGUUCUGUAAAUUCUUCCCAGAACAAUAAAUAUUAGUGUCGUCUGCAAAUUAAACAAAUUUCAAUAUUUUUGAUAUCCUAAAUAUGUUAUUUAUUUACAAAAUGAACAAUUUAAGUCCUAAUACUGACCCCUGUGGGACUCCACAAGUAAUAUCCAUACAUGUAUAAAUCAACAUGUAUGGCUUUUCAUGUUUUUAAAAAAAAUAUUUAUAGCUCUGCACAGCACUUAAAAAGCAUGGAGUACCUUGUGAUGCACUCCCACCCCAACACCCUUUGACAGCAGUAAUUACCACCAAGACUGAACUGAAGCUUCGGUUUAUAACAAACAUUCCUCUUGUGACAUCAAACCACUCACAGUAACAAAAAGUUGGGAAAAAGAUUUUCAGUCUCUCAACCUUGAUUGGAAUUGGCCGACAGUCUGGAAACAUCAUUUUCCUCAUCUAAAUACCUCAUUCAGCAGAUAAUUCACCACAAGUUUGUGCACAAAUUUUACUUUACGCCGGAUUGCAGAUUUAGAUUAAACAGUGACUUAUGCACUAAAUGUUCUGGCUCUGUUAGAGGAGAUUACUUACAUAUGUUCUGAUAUUACUCUAUCAAACUUUUUUGGUAAUAUAUCAAUAAGAUUGUUGGAACCAUCAUUGAUUAAGUCCUUCCCAGCUGCCCUGCUCCUCAUCUUAUUGGGUACAAUCCAAAUAUAUUGUUAUUGUUUCAUGAGAAAUGGAUAAUAUUAGCUACCCCAGCUACUGUGGAGAAAACCAUUAUUAAGAAUUGGUUUGAACCCUCUACUGUUAUGCAGAGAACGUGGCUAAAUCUUUUUUCAGAUUUGUUUACUUGAAAGGUCCACUGCCUGAAUUAACGGGUCUGUAUCUGAUACUGUGAUCAACUGAUCUAAAGCAAUCAUGAUUACUCAGGGGCUUAACUAAAGCCAACUUUGGCCUUGCCUUGAACUCAUUUCCUUUCACAUAACCCUUUCUAUUUAGUGCUAUAGGCCAUGUACAUAAAUGUAUAUGUUCAUAUGUGUAUGUUUGUAAUUAGCAGUUUGUUGUCUCUGUUGUCGUUGUGGUCAUUUGUUUCUGUGGAUUUACUAUGUAUGCUGUUCUGUGUCUAGGGUGUUUUGUUUAAUUGUGCAUUUACAUUGACUCAUAGUUAUUAUUUAUUUGGGCUUUUUUCUGUAUUAUUAUUCUUUGUCUUUAUUUUGCUCUUUUCCUUUUUUGCA